AUGGCUACAUGGGUGAUGUUGGAGAAUUGUUGUGGGAUUGUGUCUCUUGGAGGUUUAGAAGAUGUCACAAUACAAUAUUCUGUCGUGAGUAUCAAAGGAGACUUUGGAUAUUGUAGCAGCAUUGAGGCCAUUAAUGAUUGUGAGGAUCAUAAAAAUUCAGUGACCUAUGAGGAUGUGCACAUUGACUUCACUCAGGAUGAGUGGGUUUUGCUGAAUCCUUCCCAGAAGAAUCUCUACAAAGAUGUGAUGCUGGAGACAUACAGGAACCUCACUGCUAUUGGCUAUAGUUGGGAACACCAUAAUUUUGAGGAGCAUUGUCAAAGUGCUAGAAAACAUGGAAGGUAA